AUGCUUGCUGGACCACCUCCAUCCUUUAAUACUAAUCCUCCAUCGCAAUCGAUGCAGCAACAAUCACAACCGACAUCUCAAAUGUAUCCAAAUCAGUUUGCACCACCUACGUUACCACCUAAUUUUUCAGGAAAUCAACAACUGCCUCCACCAGUUCCACCACCUAAUUUUCCGGGAAAUCAACAUCCACCUCCAACUCAACCACCUAACUUUCAAGGAAAUCAACAACCACCUCCAAUAGCUCCACCUAAUUUUCCUAAUAUGCAACAUCAACAACAACCACCAGUUCAACAGUUUCAAUCACAACCAAAUUAUCCUACAGGUAAUCAACAGUUACCACCAACACAAUUUUCAUCACAACCACCUAUGCCUGGUAAUCAACAACAAUUUCAGAAUCAUCCAUCAAUGAUGCCUAAUGGAAUGAAUCAACCUCCAAUGACGCAAGGUUAUCCUAAUCAAGGAUCAGUACCACCACCUAAUCAAAUGAGACCUGCACCGACUAUGCCAAACCAAUUCGGUCCACCUCCAACAAUGCCCACUCCGCAAUAUCAACAACAAUCGCAACCACCACCAUCGUUUCCUAAUCAACCUGCUCCAAACAUGGGUGGUAUGCCACAAUAUCCUCCUGGUCAACCUCCUUAUAAUGCUCCACCAUCUUCAUAUCCUCCAGGUAAUCUACCACCUUCAGGAACACCUGGUUAUCCUCAACAACCAUUACAAUCUCAAUAUCCUAAUCAACCAAAUCUUUCUGGUCCACAAUCGAUGCCUGGUAGUCAAAUGAAUGGACCAAAUACAUAUCCUGGUCAAACAUCAAGUGGACCAGUACAACAACCAUAUCAACCACAACGUAUCGAUCCAGAUAUGGUACCUAAUGUUGUUCAAGUUCUUGAACAAAGUCAAGAAAAAAUUCAACAACCAUUUAUAACAAAUGCACCAGGUUUAUUACCACCAUUAGCAGCAACGAAUUUUGUUUGUCAAGAUCAAGGUAGUUGUAAUCCACGUUUUAUUCGUUCAACAACAUAUACUAUACCAAAUGCGCAUGACAUGAUUAAACAAUCCCAUAUACCUAUUGCACUUGCUAUUAGUCCAUUAGCAAGUCUAAGAUCGGAUGAACUUGAACCACCAGUUACAAAUUUUGGUGAAAUAGGUCCAGUUCGAUGUCAUCGAUGUAAAGCAUAUAUGUGCUCAUUUAUGCAAUUUAUUGAUGGUGGAAAACGUUUUCUUUGUUGUUUUUGUGAAGCAGCAACUGAUGUACCAACUGAAUAUUUCAAUCAUCUUGAUCAUAGCGGUCGUCGUAUGGAUUGGUAUCAACGACCAGAACUUUGUCUUGGUUCAUAUGAAAUCGUAGCUACUAAACAAUAUUGUAAAGAUGAAAAAUGGCCUGAACCACCGGCAUUUAUAUUUAUGAUUGAUGUAUCGUACAAUAGUGUUCGUAGUGGUCUCGUUGAAUAUAUAUGUCAUAUAUUAAAAACUGAACUUCUUAAUUAUUUACCAAAAGAUAAAGAUGCUGAAACAUCUAAUAUUCGUGUUGGUUUUGCAACAUUUGAUAAACAAAUACAUUUUUACAAUAUUAAAAAUACACUUGGACAACCACAAAUGAUGAUUGUUUCUGAUCUUGAAGAUAUAUUUGUACCUCUACUUGAUGGUUUUCUUUGUUUACCACAUGAAUCACGUGGAGUAAUAAAUAGUUUACUUGAGCAAAUUCCACAAACAUUUGCUAAUACACAAGAAACAGAAACUAUUUUAGCACCUGUUAUUCAAUCGGGUAUUCAAGCAUUAAAAGGAGCAAAUUGUACGGGUAAAAUUUAUGUAUUUUCAACAACAUUACCAAUCGCUGUUGCACCGGGAAAAUUAUCAAAUCGAGACGAUAAAAAACUUCUUGGAACUGAUAAAGAAAAAGUACUUCUUGCACCAAUUAAUAAUGUUUAUACAAAACUUGGUGAAGAAUGUGCACAAAAUGGAUGUGCUGUUGACUUAUUUGUUUUUCCAAAUAAUUAUCUUGAUAUUGCUACAAUUGGAGAAGUUUGUCGAGUAUCUGGUGGACAAAUAUAUAAAUUUAAUUAUUUUUCAAUUGAAAAUGAUGGUGAACGAUUGUUAGAUGAUCUUAAACGUAAUUUUCAAAGAAGUACAGCGUUUGAUGCAUUAAUGCGUGUACGAACAAGUUCAGGUAUUCGACCCAUUGAUUUUCUUGGUAAUUUUUAUAUGACAAAUGCAACUGAAAUGAUAUUUGGUACAAUUGAUUCGGAUAAAUCAGUUUCAGUAGAAUUAAAACAUGAUGAUAAAUUAGCAGUUGAAAGCAAUACUUAUAUUCAAGCUGCUUUAUUAUAUACAAGUAUAUCUGGUCAACGUCGUUUACGUAUUCUUACAUUAGCAUUAACAGUAACAUCAUCAUAUACAUCACUUUAUCCAGCUUGUGAUCUUGAUACAAUUAUGAAUUAUAUAACAAAAGUUGCUCUACGUUCAAUAACAGUGUCAACUCCAAAGAGUAUUCGUGAUAAUAUAAUAACACAAGCAGCAAAUAUGUUAGCAUGUUAUAGAAAAAAUUGUGCACAAGCAACAACAGCUGGACAAUUAAUUUUACCUGAAACAUUAAAAUUAUUACCAGUUUAUGUCACUUCAUUAAUUAAAUGCGAUGCUUUAACUGGCACACAAACAGUAACAACUGAUGAUCGAAGUUUAUUAAUGCAACGUUUAAUGUCGAUGGAUAUCAAAGGAACAUUUGCAUAUCUUUAUCCAAGAGUUUAUGCAUUGCAUGAUUUAGAGGAAGAUAAACUUCCACCACCACAUGUUCGAUGUUUAUAUGAACGUUUCUCGGAAGUCGGAGCUUAUGUUAUCGAAAAUGGUUUUGUUAUGUAUAUCUGGCUUGGUAGUCAAGUUGAUCCAUCAUUUGUGCAAUCAUUGUUUGGUAUUCAAAACACAGCACAUAUUCAACCUGAAAAAUGUCGUAUUGUUGACCUUGAUAAUCCAAUAUCUCGAAAUGUUCGAACAUUAUUAAAUGUAAUUCGUAAUGAACGAAAUGCAUAUAUGAAAUUAUUUAUUGUUCAACAACGUGAUUCUAUUGAACCAUUUUUCAAGAAUUAUCUUGUUGAAGAUAAAGGCUUUACAGGUGGUGCAUCAUACGUUGAUUUUCUCUAUCAUUUACAUCGUGAAAUUCGAAAUCUUCUUCAAUAA